UUACGCCAUUCUUCCCUCUUGGAAAACUGGGAUUUAAAGAAGUCUCCUUCAAGAUACGACGCAGAAUUGCAGGAGAAAAAGGAAAGUCAAGUUUCUCUUUUCAAUGCACAAAAAAAAACGGUUCGGCAUUGAUCUCUUUACUGGGAAACGGAGGACUGAACAAGUGACACGCGUUUCACUAUGGGACUGGAUUGUGGAGCUGAGAACAACGAUUUGGAAAGUUUGAUAGUCCAAAGAAAACUUCAUUCGGGUUUGAAGUUGUGGUUUUGCAAACUUGUUGAUGUUUUUUUAUUCCAAACGGCAACAACCUCUGGAGAUUGUUCUCUUGGUCAGAGUCAAAGGAAGCUCAGAGGAUGAAAAUAUUGAAACGUCUCCCUCUUUUACUCGGGUGCUGGACUCUGCUCUAUCUGGGUCUAGCCCCAGUGGUAGUGAGCCACACUGGGACGGCGCACAGCAGCCCUGACGGCAGACAAGAGGCGAGCAGAAGCGCGAGGAAAGAAGGCACCCUGCAGUCUAGAGCAAGGGGUCCCGCGACGCCUGUGGUUGGGGGCCAUGGCAUGGGGAACCGGUCACCGUCAAACGGGGCUAAGAUCACUCAAAUUAGAACGGGAGCCCCUUUGAUUCGGGGCGAGACAGACAAGACAGCCGCCCUGGUCGUGUCAUCUCCAGGUGGGCACAGUGUAAGCGGGACCGGGCGCGCCGGAGGGGCGAUAGACCUGGGAAGGAAAGAAGCCGCGCGUUCUUGGGUGCCUGGAGCGGCGGCCAGGACGGGGAGCGCCUCAGUAAGAACGGCAGCCCCACACGUUGGCACCCAAGAAGCCAGGAUACCUUCCCUGGGCAGCAGGGUCGGGGAGGCGGCUAAAACCGAGACCGAGGCUUCAAGAUCUGGGGGGCAGAAAACUGUUAGCCGAAAGGCAGUUGCCCCGCUUGCGCAAAGGAAGUCCAAAGAUACUACUGGACAGGCUAAAAUCGUCAAGGACGCCUCCAAGCACCCGCUAGUUACACCUCACGACUACAUGCUUUCACUGUAUAGGACUCUGUCUGCAGCAGAGACAACGGGGACCAACAGCAGUGCGCUGCACGAGGCUGGACUGGCGAACACCAUCACCAGUUUCGUGGACAAAGGACAAGAUGAGCACGUGCCUCCUGUCAGGAAACAGAAGUACUUGUUUGACAUCAGCGCUCUGGAGAAGGACGGCUUGCUCGGGGCUGAGCUUCGCAUCCUUCGGAAGAGGCCGUCGGAUCCCAGGAAGACUCGUUCCGCCGGGAGCCUUUACACCCUCCGGUUAUCCUCCUGUCAGGCCAGCAGCCAGGCCUCGGUGCUCCUCGACUCCCGCAUGAUUGACGUUCUCGACGCGCCCCAGUGGGAAGUGUUUGACAUCUGGAAGCUCUUCAAGAACUUCAAGAACGCGGCGCAGUUGUGUUUCGAGCUGGAGGCUUCAGAAAGGGGGCGACCCGAGAACCUGAGAGUCCUGGGAUUCAACAGGAUCGGCCGCCAGGCCAAGGAGAAGGCCUUCUUUCUGGUCUUCGGUAGGACCAAGAAACGAGACCUGUUCUUCAAUGAGAUCAAGGCCAGGUCCGGCCAGGACGACAAAACUGUGUACGAGUACUUAUUUAACCAGAGAAGGAAGAGAAGAGCCCCUCUCUCCUCUCGCCAGGGGAAAAGGCAGAUGAAGAACCCCAAGCCCAGGUGCACCAAGAAGCCCCUUCACGUGAACUUUAAGGACAUGGGCUGGGAUGACUGGAUUAUUGCCCCACUGGAGUAUGAAGCUCAUCACUGCGAGGGGGUUUGUGAUUUCCCACUCCGAUCACACUUAGAACCUACAAACCACGCCAUCAUCCAGACGCUAAUGAACUCUAUGGACCCCGACUCCACCCCUCCCACCUGCUGUGUCCCCACCAGACUGAGUCCCAUCAGUAUUCUGUACAUAGACUCUGCGAACAAUGUGGUGUACAAGCAAUAUGAAGACAUGGUGGUGGAGUCGUGUGGGUGUAGGUAGCAAUACUUCUUGUGCUGCUGUAUGGUUACUGACUGGCUGAAUGGAUGGAUUUGUAUGAAGAAUAGUUUGCCUAGUUGUCUUCUUCUUCAGGGCAUUGAAACGUGCUUACUGGAAACCAGAACGCUUCCUAUGAAAGACGUAGCAAAUGGGUUCACUAUUUUGUUGCACUUUCUUGGCCAAUCAUGAAAUGUAACUGGAAUAUGUUGUCUGCAUUGUAGCUUUCAGCCACCCUUCUGAAAUGUGUAGUAUUAUUGUAGGAGUCCCAGGUACUUCAAUGAUAUAAACCCUGGCUAUUAUGUUUAUCAGUAUUACUGAAUCAAAACGACAAUCUCUAGUUUAGACUGACUUUACCAGUCUUCAUAUAAAGCACUCCAUGCAUGCGUUGCUGUUUAAGCACAGAUGAUUGUCCUGCAGUGGCGUUGGCAGAUCUGCGAUGCUGGGAGAGGGGCAGGCGCUGCAGUCUGCAAUUCUUUAAGCACAGAUGAUUGUCCUGCAGUGGCGUUGGCAGAUCUGCGAUGCUGGGAGAGGGGCAGGCGCUGCAGUCUGCAAUUCUUUAAGCACAGAUGAUUGUCCUGCAGUGGCGUUGGCAGAUCUGCGAUGCUGGGAGAGGGGCAGGCGCUGCAGUCUGCAAUUCUUUAAGCACAGAUGAUUGUCCUGCAGUGGCGUUGGCAGCUCUGCGAUGCUGGGAGAGGGGCAGGCGCUGCAGUCUGCAAUUCUUUAAGCACAGAUGAUUGUCCUGCAGUGGCGUUGGCAGAUCUGCGUUGCUGGGAGAGGGGCAGGCGCUGCAGUCUGCAAUUCUUUAAGCACAGAUGAUUGUCCUGCAGUGGUGUUGGCAGAUCCGCGUUGCUGUGAGGGGGUCAGGAGCUGCAGUCUGCAAUUCUUUAAGCACAGAUGAUUGUCCUGCAGUGGCGUUGGCAGAUCUGCGUUGCUGUGAGGGGGUCAGGAGCUGCAGUCUGCAAUUCUUUAAGCACAGAUGAUUGUCCUGCAGUGGCGUUGGCAGAUCCGCGUUGCUGUGAGGGGGUCAGGAGCUGCAGUCUGCAAUUCUUUAAGCACAGAUGAUUGUCCUGCAGUGGCGUUGGCAGAUCUGCGAUGCUGGGAGAGGGGCAGGUGCUGCAGUCUGCAAUGUCACAAUAAACCACGAAUGUAACAACUUCUUACCCCCGUUUGUAAUAGCACCCAUGUAAUUGUUGGAUGCGUCCUCUAAUCGAAUCCCUGUGCAUGAGAAGCACAGACUUCUGGCUGAGAAUCCAGUGGCUUCUAAAGGCACCAGAAGACUGGUGUGGUUUGAAAUGGAGCAGCCCAUCCACUGCUAUCCAUAGGGCUUCCUCGGGUACAAACGUGGAAGUUGAUACAUAUCUGUGGUUGAAUUGUUACGUCACGCAUAUCCAUUGUAUGUCAGUGAGAAAGAUAACCAUUGCCACAUUGUUACGUGGAAACACAGUAAAUAUCAGUAUUCUAGAACAUUGUUAAUACAGUAUAUAUUUAUAUAUAUUAGAAGGUGUAAACUUCGGAAUUCAGUGUCUAUGUAUUUAUACUUGUUGGAAUUAAAGGAAUCGAUAUUUUAAUGCUGGAUCAAAUGUAGACCGUCAUUUAAUGGAUGAGCCACCAUGACCAGGUAUCCGUAUUAAACUAAAAACAUGAUUCAAAGUGUAGUGUAAUGUCACCUUUUCAUAUCCGCUGAAUACUAGCCUUUGCUCUAAGAGCCAUUCUAUAUUAUCCCACAGCAAAAAGGUAUCUGAUUAAAAAUAAAACUACGUUAUGGUUACAGGUCCCUAAUACUGCAUCAAAGUAUGAAGAUAAAUACUUUGAAAGACACAGUAUUUUUAAUAUCAAAAUAUGUUGUUUUCUUUUCAAUCUGUUUAAGUACUGAUCACAUGCAUGAUAUGCUCUGUUGUGCCACAAGACUCCAGAACUUCAGCUCCUGCAAUUGAGCUGUGGGGCUUUUUGAAGGAAACGUUCUUAACUCUUUUGCUGUUCUACAAGUGCAUAUAAAAACCAUCUAAAAACGGAAAUGAGGUUCCUGCCCCAAGCCUGUAAUAAUUUAGUUACUGUGGCUGAGGAGGACUCACGAAUUCACGAUCAGGAGAAACAUACUUCCUUCUAUUAAGUAUUUUGGUUGCCUUCCAAGUUGUAUUCUCCGCAGUGAGAAAAAAUGACGUCCAAUCACACUGCUGCCGGACUUUGUGAUCUCCGGGCUUCAGCAGCCGGUUCACCCACGAGACAGAGGGUUGAUCAGAGGUGCGACAAAUGCAUGGUUCACCAGCUGUAAAAUGACACGGCUGUUCUUAAAACUCUUUCCGUCUCUGGAACUGCAAACUGCGGUAUUGAGCUCCCCACUGAAGUGAUUGAAAAGGCCUGCCACAGCUGAACACAGUAGCCCCAGUGUUGUGGAGAGGACUGAAAACGACUCUGAAGGGAUGAAACUCACUACCCAAACAGGCUUGGGUCAUUUUCCAAUAAAAAGGGAGCUGGUUUCACAGUUUUGUGUCGUUCAGAACUCUUGCGCUGACUACAGUUGAGCGAUGACUUGAUGUUUUUUGUUGUUUUUUUUUAAAUUUGUUUUGGUUUAAUUUGCAGUCAGCACAGUUUGUUCUCCAGAGAGACGUUUUAAUUUUUUUUUUUACCAGUUUUCAGUUUUUCAUCAUUAAAACCAUUUUUGUUGCUGAGCUAGAUACUAAAACCUAUUUACUCUUUUCAGAAAUAUA